GAGAAAAAGAAGCAUCCGAAAGGAAAAUCCAUAAAACCUAAAUAAACCCCGGAUGCAAAGACAUGGGACAAAAGAGAAAAAACGCAGAGAAAUAGGUGGGGUUGAGUCCAACAGGCAACAACACUGAGACCCUCUCCUUUUCCUUUCAUGGAGGCGUCCGCUUCAACAUAUUCACUCAUUACCACCAACUGAAAUACAGACCCUUUUGCCUGUCCCACUUCACUUCUAUUCCACUUCUAAAACCCUUCCUCUCUCAGACACGCACACACACACACACACUCCGUUGCGGAAGAGUUUCGUUUAGUUCUCACUCCUUUUUCCGGACAGCCACCCGUAUUCUCAUAAACAUCACAACUUUUUCUUCUUUUAAUUAAUUUUUAGUUCAGUAAUUUAUUGUCAAUCCAAGAUCAUGGCUAUUGCUAACCAUAGACAGCAGCACCCCAGAAGCGAAGAGUUGGAUCCCGAUGUCCCAUCGACGUCUUAUUCAUUCCCCCCUCCUCCUUCUUCAAAUUCGAACAAGAAAAGAUGGUCCAAUUUCCUACCAAUUUUGGUGGGCUUGGUGGUCAUAGGGGAGAUCGCCUUCUUGGGGCGGCUUGACAUGGUCAAGAACGCUGACUUGGUCAACUCAUGGGCCGACUCCUUCUACGGCUUCACUCAAUCGAAGCCCUCUGCUUCGUCAAGUGAAGAUUCCGGGUCGGGUCACGAUCCGGGUUCCGGACACGAGGAGAGCUGUGAAGCAUGGUUGGAGAAGGUGGACUCUGUCCCUUAUUCAAGGGAUUUCAAGAAAGACCCAAUUUUAGUACAUGGGGCUGAUGAGGAGUGGAAAAACUGUGCAGUUGGAUGUAAGUUUGGAUUUGAAGCUCAUAAGAAGCCUGAUGCUGCAUUUGGACUUCCUCAGGAACCCGGCACUGCAAGUGUGCUUAGGUCAAUGGAGUCAGCUUCAUAUUAUGCCGAGAAUAAUAUUGCUAUGGCACGACGGAAGGGAUAUGAUGUUGUAAUGACAACCAGCCUUUCGUCAGAUGUGCCUGUGGGGUAUUUCUCCUGGGCUGAGUAUGAUAUAAUGGCUCCAGUUCAACCAAAGACUGAAAGUGCUCUUGCUGCUGCUUUCAUUUCUAACUGUGGUGCUCGGAAUUUUCGUUUACAAGCUUUGAUCGGGCUUGAAAAUGCAAAUGUUAAAAUUGAUUCUUAUGGGACUUGCCAUCGAAAUCGUGAUGGAAGAGUGGACAAAGUGGAAACAUUAAAGCGGUACAAGUUUAGCUUGGCUUUUGAGAACUCAAAUGAGGAGGAUUAUGUUACUGAAAAGUUUUUCCAGUCUCUUGUAGCCGGCGCUGUUCCUGUGGUCGUGGGUGCCCCAAAUAUCCAAGAAUUUGCUCCUUCUCCUGGUUCGCUCUUGCAUAUCAAGGAAGUGAAAGAUGUUGACUCUGUUGCCAAGACAAUGAAGUAUCUUGCUGAAAAUCCCAGUGCAUACAAUGAAACAUUAAGGUGGAAGUUUGAGGGGCCAUCCGAUUCUUUCAAGGCCCUUGUUGAUAUGGCUGCAGUACACUCAUCAUGUCGUUUAUGCAUUUACUUGGCAACCAAGAUCCGAGAGAAAGAUGAAAAGAGUCCAGAAUUUAAAAAACGUCCCUGCAAGUGUACCAGUGGCUCAAAAACCGUAUAUCAUGUAUAUGCAGGAGAAAGAGGGAGGUUCGAGUUGGAAUCAAUUUUCUUGAGGUCAGACAACUUGACCCUGGAGGCCUUAUCAUCUGCAGUUUUGUUGAAGUUUAAGUCUCUGAAACAUGUGCCCGUAUGGAAACCCGAGAGGCCAGAAAGCAUUAGGGGUGGGGAUGAACUCAAAGUCUACAGAAUAUACCCCGUUGGAAUGACACAGAGGCAGGCAUUAUACACCUUCAGAUUCAAAGGAGAUUCCGAUUUCAGGAAUCACAUAGAGAGCCACCCAUGCGCUAAGUUCGAAGUCAUAUUUGUAUAGACUGAGAUGGCUACGUCUGGUUGCAGCAUUGGAAACUGCAGCAGGGUCUCAACUGGGUGCAUUGUUCCACACUCUUCUUGGCCUUACUUUUGCAGGCAGGUUAACUCUUGGGGUGCGCUUCUCGUCUUUAGUUUCUCCUAAUUGCCCCCAUGUACCCAUUAAUUUCACUCGAUAUACUGAUCCCCCAUGUAGUGACCGAAGAAUGGGUUGUUCAUUACUUCACACUCGUCAUCGAGCAGAGAAUUCUUUUGUGUUAGACAUGGCAGUAUACAAUUGAGCUUGAAGGUCGCUUUUCCUGCUUAAUUAGCUCUGUUACGAUAAUUUCAUAACUUAUAAACAUAUAGGUCGUGCUUGAUAUGAUAAAAAAAAAAAAACACUGCAUAUUCGGGUAAGAAUGUUAAUCUGAAGGGUUUUGGUUUUGGAGUUGGAAGCAAUUUGUGU